AUGAGUGAUUUAAACGGUGUGCUGCGUCAAAUUAACGAGUCUCUGGCUUCCACCAGCGAGUCGCUGGAAGCAUUGGCCAAGCAGUAUAGAACGCCGGUUUCCGAGGGCGAAGAAACUAGAAACAAAGUAAUGCGUAAUGUAUUGGGCCAGAACGGUGAGCUUGAGAAAGUGUCUUUGCUGUCGCUGAAGAACGGCAGUCUUCUCGCUUAUGUCAAUAGUUUGGCACAAGUGGUGGGCGAAAAAUUAAGUCGCCAAGAUGCCACCGCAUCGAGGGCCCGAGAAUCUAGUGUGCAGCAUCGGGUAGUUUUGGAACGUGGUGUGCGACCCUUGGAGAAACAGCUGGCUUACCAGCUAGACAAAUUAACUCGUGCGUAUACCAGGAUGGAGACAGAAUACGUGACAGCGGAAAAAAGGGCACUGCAAAAGCAAGAAGAGCGAAUUCUGAAUGGCGAGGACGAAGGGAGUGCUGCGGAGGAGAGUGACAGCGAUUCAGAUGACGAAGCUUUGUCAUUUAGGCCGAAUGUUUCCGGGAUAGCCGAUCUGUCCAAGGGCAGCAGAACCAGCAGGAGCAGACAGAGUCACGAAACCAAAGACCAAAACGACAACGAAAACGACAAUGACAACGAGGGUGACGACGGUGGGGCUGCCAAUGCCACAUACAAACCUCCCAAGAUAAGUGCUAUGCUGCCCCCACAACAGCACCAUUUCGAAGACAAGUUCGAUGCUCAGCAGCACAAAGACCGCAGCGGUAAAUCCCGAAUGCAAGCCAUGGAUGAGUACGUCCGUGAGAUGUCUGAGCAGCCCGAGUGGGAAGCUUCCGUGGGUACCAACAUUCUCAACCACGGUAAAGGUGGAAUCAAAUCAACGCGCGACACUGAACGAGAGCAACGGGUCAAAGACUACGAAGAGAAUAAUUUCACAAGGCUGACACUCAAGGGUAACAAGGACGAGAGGCGCCGCGCUAAGCAGCGUGAGAAAACCGCAAGGUUGAACACUAUUGGCGGGGAAGAUUUCGGUAUUUUCAAUUCGAAGCGCAAGCUUGAAGACAGCACAUCACGUCGCGCAACUAAAAAGCCUCACAGUGCUUGGGACAGGGCCAAGAGACGGCUAUAG